AUGAUGGGUGUUGGUGGGACGGGGUACACAGGCGCGGGGCUCGCUAGGCGACCGCCCGCGGCGCCGCGUACUCGCAUGUCGGCGUCGGGCUCACAGCGCUCGCUGCUGUCGGUCGCCAGCGACAGUGCCACGUCGCGCCGCCCCCGUGAAAUCACACCGCGCGGCUACCCUCAUCCCGCCGACGGUGGCUUUUCUCUCUUCAGACAUGCUAGCAACAACAACAUAUUGGUCGGCGAGAGCGGAUCACUGGCGCGGCGGUACGCGCGGCCGUCACGGGAGUCGCGGGAGGCUCGCGAUCACAAUGCGAACGUGGCGCGAACGCACGCGCGGCUCGCGCACCACGCGCACCACGCGCACGUGCGACACGACAACACACUCGACAUUAUCCUUAAGCCACUCAUUGAGAGCACGCAGCUUCAGAGCAAUUAA